UUUUGUGCAAUUUCAGCGCUGAUAGCCUGAUCAUUACGUGUGCACAGACCGCGUUGGUAUCACAUGCAGUAUAGUACGUGUUUGUUUAUGCUAGUGCAACGAUAACUACAUACUGUACCGUGUAUAGUUCAUUAGCGCUUACGCGGUAAUGUGUGGCUUCGUCGCCUGUGCCUAGUGUGGUUCUCAAGCUGUGUGCACGUACACAUGUUAUAACUUUAUUAAGCUAAUUUACAAAAAUGAAAAGAUCUAACGUUAGAAGAUCUCAAGAAGACGGUGAUGCACUGGAUGAAGAGCGUUCCACUAAGCGUGUGAAGCGUCACACUGACCAGACAUGUACAACUACAACUACAUGUACACAUACUGAUAAUCGGGUCAUUGGCAUUGUUGGUGAUAGGCCUAGGCUUUCGUUGGGAAAGUUAACUUGUUCAAAACCAGUGGUGCUAAGAACUUUUGCAGUCAAGCCCACCUCAGAUUUUAUUGGAGAGUUUCCCUUCUUCAGCCGGCCUCAGGAACUCGGUCAUUUCUCGCUGGAGAUUGACAGGACUUUUGCAAAUGACAACAGGCAUCUCAAACAUUAUCACCCGCUCAGCAAAGAAUCGGACCUUAAUCUGGAUCUUAGACAAGGGUUCGAAACAUUUGUUAAGAGAGAUGACGAUGUGAAGGAGAGAUUGGAUAAUGUCAUGAAAUGGAUAGUCCACAAUAAGAAACAUUUUCUGAGACCACAGAGAAACGUCAGUGUGUGUUACGACAUCAAGGAUGAUGACUUGAUAGAAAGCCUAGGUAUUGACUUCAUAGCCUGGCGUGGCCACUUCACCAAGUUCCUCUGCACACCCUAUGAGAAUCGCGACGGAUGGGAGAUGGCGGCGACGCUCUUUCGGGGGACCAUCUACAUCAGCGAGGUUGAGACGGAAGAGGAGAGACAGCGCAGGCUGGGCAUGAAUCACUGGGAGCAGCAGUGCAUGUACGGGGGCUACAAAUUUGAGCAGUAUGUCACUAGUGAUGGUAAGAAAUCACCCGACACAAGUCAACCGGUCAACAACAUUGAGGCCUUCUGUAGCGUGGUUCGGUCAGACCUUGGUCCCUACAAACUCCUCUACAGCGGGGAGGUUGAUUGUCUCCAGUCCGUAUCCAAAGAUAAGCCACCGGGCAACUACUUAGAGCUGAAGACCAGUCGAAAGUGGUACUCUCAGAAGAACGAGAACAAUUUCUACAGGUACAAGUUGGUGAAAUGGUGGGCCCAGUCCUUCCUGGUUGGCAUUCCACAGGUCAUUUGUGGUUUCCGGGACGACGAGGGAGUGGUUCGGGAGAUCAAACACUUCAAGACAAUGCAGAUGCCCAAAUUAUCUAUGGGAUGGUGGAAUGGCUCAGUAUGCUUCAACUUCUUGGUGAAGUUCCUUGACUUUAUUAAGUCAGUGACUGUCAUUGAUGACCCAAGUGUGGUUUACCUCUUUGAGCGGAAGCCAGGUAAUAACGUCAUCUCCUACACAGUGCACCAGGCAGACGGACAGCAGUUCAUACCAGAAUGGUAUAUCCGUGCAUUCGUAAAGGACAGCCGCCCAUCAUCUGUGGAAACCAAAGCCACAUCAUAGCAUCGGAUGGACUUGCUUUGAGACCUGAAACGCCACAUCAAAUUGAUAAAUUCUGAAAGGAUAGACAUCUCGAUGCCAAGUCUGACUUGUGGAAACCAGGCUCAGGUGCUUGUGCAGUAUGCAUGCAUGACUGAGUGUUGGACUAUUGGGAUAAAUAAUUUUGUUUUAUUUUCAUGUAUAGUUGUGGAAAUUACCAGAUCUUGAAAUCUCAGAAAUGAAAUUGAAAAAUAAGAGGCAGAUCACUUGCAGUGCUUGAAUGUACAUUACAUAUAGAACUUUUUUAAUGUAUAGAUACAUGUAUGACUUUUUAUCAAACUACAACUUUUGUGGUUCUUGUUUCGUCAGUCUGAACAAAAAUGCCAAACUGUGGAGAUUGGUUGUGCUUUCCUUGUUAUCUGCAUUCAGUUAUGGAGAUUACCGAAAAUGGGUCAUUAGGGAGACAUUCCCACAAGAAUGUGCACAAAAUUUUUCCAACUGUACUGACCCAUAA